GAAUUAUGGAAGACGAUCCCUUUUUGAUUGUAAAGCAACAAGUUUCUGAUGCUUUAGUGAAUGCAAACACUCUGUAUGCAUCCUGGAAACGCAUCCAACAGACAGUCUCCUCUCCUCAAAAUCAAGAACUUUUGUGGACAGCAGAUGAGCUAACUUCUUCACUCGAGGCCAUUGAGCAGGAUCUCGAUGACUUGGAAGAAGCAUUUGCAGCAUGCCAAGCCAAUCCAAACCAGUUUAAUCUCACAGCAGCAGAGAUGAACAACCGGCGAACCUUUUUAACCAAAUCUCGCAAGUCAAUCCAAACCAUCCGCAACACCUUGUCGAAUCCUCCAAAAAGAUCUAAAAGCAAGGGUUACGCCUCAUCUCCAGACACAUCUAAUCCAUAUCAAUCUGGUAGACAGGAACACAAUGAAAGGUUUAUUGAAGAUGAAGGGACACAACAAACAAUGAUGAUGCAUGAGCAAGAUGUCCAUCUGGACAAUAUGGCAGGUACUUUAGUGAACCUAAGGGACAUCGCAGGAACAAUGAACAGAGAAAUUGAUGACCAGGUUGUGCUUUUAAAUGAUUUGGGGGACGAUGUUGAAAGAUCGGAAGGAAAGCUAAAACGUGCAAUGAGACGAGUCACUACUGUAUUGAAGCAAGAAGAGGAUUCCAAAUCAGAUUACUGUGUGUGUUGUUUAAUUAUUGUCCUUAUUGUUCUUCUCGUUUUGAUUAUUCUUUUAUAAAAAUAUAUAAAUGUAAAUCGACUGAAUAA